ACUGUUUUGCCAUGUUCGACCUCCACGUUAUUCUUAACCGUGGUUAUGAAGCUGGCAGGGGCAAGACCCGGUGGGAUCUUGUAUUUUAUAAAAGCACCGUCAUCACGUCUUAACGGGACAACAUCGGUGAUUUCAACAUCCUCAGGCAACGGCGAAGAAAGUGAUGUCACUUUAUCUCGCAAAUUAGCUUCAUUGACAUUCAGAGGGAAUAACCAUUUGAAGUAA